GCGGGGCACCACGCACUAAACUGGACUAGUCAAUCACCUUCAAAGGUCAGUCAGCCUUAAUGGCGUCAACCGUUUGGGUGGAUUUCCGCGGUUGUCAUUGAAACUGAACCACUUCUUCUUCGUCUUCCUCCUCUUGCUCCUCUGCCGCGGGGUGUCGUCGCAGCUUUAUUUUUAUUGUCAUUUUAUGAUUUAACUAGCUCUUAUAUACUUCCUGUCAAGCGACUUUUCAUCUUCCUUUCCCUCUAUUCGACUUUCUCCUCCUCUCCAACCCCAUCCCUUCAGUUCCGUGUCCGCCAGAAUGGCGCAUUUUCUGCGGGGAAAGCAGGCCGGCAUUCAAAAGGACUUCUCCGAGAACUUGUCGCCGGACCUGUUCGCCCUCGAUGAUUUCGCUCGAUGCGGCAUAAACUCUCAGAUCAGUGCGAUCGCCUACGAUCCCGUCCAGUCGCUCCUCGCCGUCGGAACAAGCGACACACAAUUCGGCCAUGGUCAGAUCUACGUCUUCGGUCAACGACGAGUAGCGGUGGUGUUCUCGCUACCGCGGAAGGCGUCUGCCAAGUUCAUUCAAUUCUGCGCCGAUAAGCUCGUCAGUGUCGACUCGAAAAGUGAAAUCAGCAUCUUCUCCUUGGAAACUAGACAGACGCUUGUCUCGUAUGCUCCGCCGAGUCAUGCGAGCGCUCUACUGACCGAUCCGAGUCUCGAUUAUGCUUUUAUUGGGUUGCAGAACGGUGAUAUCAUUGCCUACGAUCUGGAUCGUGAAACUUUGACGCCGUUCCGUGUGCCUAAUCUGUGGGCUCAGCGCAAUGCCCGUGUUCGCCUUUGUCCUGUUCUCAGUCUCUCCUUUUCGCCUCGGGAUAUUGGGAAGAUCUUGGUCGGAUAUCCAGAAGGUGCUGUGACGUUUUCUUUCAAGCAGAAUGUUGCUCAAAAGUAUUUCGAAUAUGAGGUCCCACCCGGUGCUCUGGGGGGAAACGGUGAUGUUCCGGCGUCGGAAAUGCGCAGGCCUCGACUGACUAGGGCCCUCUGGCACCCGAACGGUAUCUUCGUGUUGACGGUGCAUGACGAUAAUAGCUUGGUUUUCUGGGACUCUAAGGACGGCCGCAAAAUCAUGGCCAGAUCUAUCAAUACCCCCAACGUUGACCAGCCGGGAGUCAGCCCCGAACGACCCCAGUCGGCUACCGGGCUCAAGGACCCAAUCACCAACAUCGCGUGGUGUGUAAAAGACAACGGAGAUGACAGUGGACUAUUGAUCGCUGGCGGUCGACCGAAAGCUGAAGCCAACAAAGGACUGACUUUUAUUGACCUGGGACCGACCCCUAAUUAUCAGACGUCUUCGUGGGCAAUGAUCGCAAAGUACUUCGAGACCCCGAAACGCACCGCAAUCCUACCUACUCCCCCCGGUGCAGAAGUGGUCGACUUCUGCCCCAUCCCUCGUAGUACUCCUUACUAUGGCGGCGCCCAUGACCCCAUCGCAUUGCUCGCCCUCUUGUCCUCAGGAGAAGUGAUCACGAUGAGUUUCCCUAGUGGUCACCCCAUCACUCCCACAAACAUGCUCCAUCCAUACCUUAGUUUCGUGCAUCCUUUCGUGAACAAGGUUACUCUAACGUCAGUCGAUCGUUCUGCGUGGCUGGGCCUGAAGGAGAAAAGAUCACAGGGGCCUAAGUUUUUGCUCGGAGGAGCGGAGGUAAGAAAACCGUUAAAGCGCUUCGAGGAUCGUAACGUUCUUACGACGGCUCAUGCCGAUGGCACCAUUCGCAUCUGGGAUGCUGGUGUCGAUGACGAGAUCGAGAACGGGGACGUCAUUCAAGUGGACCUGGCCCGAGCUGUUGGCCGUGUCGGAAACGUAGAGGUAACCGAGAUGUCUUUCGGAGGCUCAACGGGUGAGCUCUCAGUCGGCCUGCGCACCGGCGAGCUCGUCGUCUUCCGAUGGGGAAACAACCAGAGCUUUGGCCGUGAAGAGGCUCCAGGUGCCAACGAAGGGCCUGGAAAAUUGACCAAGAUCACUCACAGAGUCGACCCUGGACUGAAGACGGGUAUUCUGCCACUGACACUCCUGAACAUGCAGCAAGGUCCAGUGACUGCCUUGAAGCAUAGUCAAGUGGGCUUUGUCGCUGUUGGAUUCGAAGGAGGUAGUCUAGCAAUCCUGGAUUUGCGCGGGCCCGCAAUCAUCCACACAGCUCACUUUUCUGAGCUGUUCAAGGUGAACAAACGAGGCAGUACCUUCAAUAAGCGCAGCGCUGAGAGCCCGGCUCCUGAAUGGCCCACCAGCAUUGAGUUUGGUGUGCUGACUCUUGAGGGUGAAGAUUAUUCCAGUAUUUGCUGCUUCGUGGGUACUAACAGAGGCAACCUGGCCACAUUCAAGAUUUUGCCAGGGGAGGGUGGGCGCUACUGUGCUCAAUUUGUCGGCACAAGCUUGCUGGAUGACAAGGUUAUCAACAUCAUUCCCGUCAACGCAGACGACGGCGGACUUGCAUUGGCCACCCCCAAUUCUGUCGGAGGUUUGAGAAACGGUGUCCGCGUUCAUGGUGUCGUCGUCGCGGUGACUGUUUCCGGGUGCAGAAUCUUCAAGCCAGCAACUUCCAAGGGUGCCCAUAGGUCCUGGGAUGACUACCUUUGCGAUUCCGCCGCGGUUGUCAAGACUGAGGCUCGUGGAUACAGUCUGGUUGGGCUUUUCGGAGACGGAUACACGCGAGCGUUCUCGAUUCCUGGUCUGAAAGAGAUUGGCGCCAGCCCAAUCAAUCAGAUCGCUGAUAUGAGACGCCUCUCGGAUGCCACGAUCUCCUCCAACGGCACCGUCAUGGUCUGGACCAGUCCUUCUGAAGUGGGCUUAUUCAGUGUUUGGGGAGGAGGACACGCACUACGCCAGUCCGAAGACCAGCUCUACAACCCGCAGGCUGUUAUGCCCCCACGACCCACGAUCACCAACAUCCAGUGGAUCUCAGGAACCCAAUACGUUUCCCCAGCCGAUAUGGAUAUUCUCAUCGGCGGUCCCGACCGGCCACCAUCCAAGCGCAUGCAGGAGCAGAUGCGCCUAGACGAAGAGGAGCGCCGCAAAGCAUUCCGGGAAGGCAGAACCCCGACAAACAAAUCGUCGAGCAGCCAGGAAGGAUACUUGUCGUACAUGUCGCGCCAAGUGCAGGAACGCACCGAACGGCUCAACUUUGCCGGCGACAGCAUGGAUCGACUGGAAGAGAGCAGCAGCAACUGGGCUCGCGACGUGAACAAGUUUGUCAGUAACCAGAAGAAGAAGGCAGUUCUUGGCGCACUCGGCUCAAAGUUCGGCUUCUAGAUGCGUAUUACAGUGACAUGAAGAAGAAAAAGAAGCGUUCAGCAGUAACGGCUGAGUACAUUAGACCCACUAUUCCUACCAUACCUUACCAUACCAUACCCAUGCUUUUGUUGGCGUUUUUGUGUGCUAUUUCUGUGUUGAACAAAUGAUUCAACUUGAUUCUCGGAUUCAAUCGAGCUUCUUCGGAUC